AUCAUAGUUUCAAUGAUAUCUUUCUGUUUGGAAGCAUAUUUAUAGGGCCUUAUGUUGACAGCAUUAGACCCCUCUUUCAAAAUGAUUUUGUGAUCUUGCUCCCUCGGUGGUGGUAAUGAACUUGGCUCUGCAAAUAUGGCUUCAUUCUCAUCCAAUAUCAGUUUAAGUUCUGGCCAUAUUUCCUCUGUUGCAGAUAUGUAAACAAUGUAAUUGAUCAGAUUUUGGUGACCAUAGCUCUCCUUGCAACUUCACAACCGCACCAGAUAAUUUGAAUUGCAUAGUCAGCUUGUUGAAAUCCCAUGUAAUCUCACCCAAGGUAGACAACCAAGCACCACCCAAUAUCAAAUCAUAAGUUUCUAAAUGAAUAAGAUAGACCUCAGCUUGAAAUGUUGCUCCCUGCAUUUCCCACUCAAGGUUACUACAUUUCUGAUUGCAUUGCAGUAGUUGUCCAUUAGCAACCUCUACAGCCUUAGAGCUCACUGCAGUGAGUUCACACUUAAUCUUUUUAGCUACUCUGGAACUCAAGAAGUUAUGAGUACUCCCAGUAUCAAUUAAGAUCUUUAAAGCCUUUUUCUGACAGAUUCCCCUAAUCCUCAUCAGUUGAGGUCCAUUCUUACCCCAAACAGCAUGUAAAGACAGCUGGAGAUCCGGUUCUUCACCAUCCCUUGUUUCAUCUGCCAAAUCUGCUUGUUCCUCACUUUCUGCUGUGUCUCCCAGCUCAAUCAGUUGUAUAACAUAAAAUUUCCUCUUAGAACAUUGAUGAUUAGGAGUGAAUUUUUCAGUGCACCAGAAACACUCCUUCCUAGCUCUUUUUUCAUCCAUUUCUUUGGGUGAUAGAUUAGUGCUAGCUCUAACACCACCCAAACGAUUAGGCUCCUUAUUACCUCCACUCCAAUUGUUAGUAUUCACCACAGGUUUACUAUUAGUGGUGACUGCCAGAGGCUUACUACUCGAGUAAUAACUGCUAUUAGAAUACACAUUACUCUGCAUCACCUUAGGCUUAAUUCCUAAAGCCUUCACAGUUAGUUCUUGCAAUUUAGCUAAUGAGUAAGCCUCAGCCAAGCUCUUAGGUUUAAACAUUCUCACUGGCAUUUGUAGUUCAUCAAUAAGUCCAGAUAAGAAAAAACUAAGUGCUUGAUCCUCUCUUAUACUAGCUCUCGGAUACAACUCAUCAAAAGUAUCCAUGUAUGAUUGUAGCGUACCUUUUUGUUUGAGAUUCCUCAGAUCUGCAAGCGGAUCCUCAAAAGCAUGAGCUCCAAAGCGAGCUGCUACGCACGAGAUGUAAUAUCUCCAAUCAACAUACGCCUCAUUUCCAUGUAGAGUCAAAAAUCCUCUAUGCCAUUGGAGAGCUUUUCCUUCCAUAUGAAUUGCUGCUACCUUUACUUUCUCCGCCUCUGGUACCCUUGCUACUUGAAAAAAAUAUUCAGCUCUCAUCAUCCAACCUUCAAAUCCUUCACCAUCAAAUUUAGGAAACUCAUAUCGAGUAGAUCUUCCCCAAUCUGAUUUUCCUUCGCUACUUCCUUCACCAUUAUCCAUUGCUGCGUUGUUUUUCUGAUUCUGCAAAUUAAUCGUAGCGAUUGCUUGCCUCAAUUCCAAAAUUUGGAUUUCCUGCUCAUGAAUGACUUGAUCACGCUCACUUAACUUCUGAUCCAUCAAUUCCGCCAUUUUCUUCUCCAUUUCAGCGCCUCGCGUCACCGUUCCAGUUUCCGGAGAUCGACUGCUCUGGAUACCACUUGUUACGAUCCGAGCUCGUAUCUUCCCUAUGUUAGCUCGCCACUGCCGAACUCAAUGACUUCUUCGCGGUCUCCCUAUCUUAGCUCGCUUGUUACGAUCCGAGCUCGUAGCUUCCCUAUAUUAGCUCGCCACUGCCGAACUUAGUGACUUCUUCGCGGUCUCCCUAUCUUAGCUCGUCACUGCCGAACUCAGUGACUUCUUCUCGGUCUCCCUCUCUUAGUUCGGCAUUGCCGAACUCAGCGAUAAUACGCAAAGCAACUCUUGAAUGAACAAUCGAGGAUCGUAUUAUUGAAUCAACAAGAAGUUUACACGAUAGAAACAAUCACACGAAGAGGAGGAACUAGAUCCACGAUCUAAGCUCCGAUUUACAAUUCAACACUAUACUCGACAUAACCGAAAGAAAUAAGCAACUCCUCUACUUAUACUCUUCAUCUUAGCUCACUUAACUAACUAACAUCCACGUGCUCGACUCUCAUUGGCUGCAACACGUCAUAUCUCACGUGAUGAUUGCCAGCUGGCUUGAGUUAGUUACACAGCAACUAACUCCUACUUAACUCCCAACUUCCAACGACUUCCUUUAUAGCUCGCUAUCUUGUGUUGCAUGCAUUUUACGCAUGAAUGAUCAUGCAUGCAACAGCAGACAACAUUUUUAUGGUCAUUUUUUCUGAAUUGGUCCACUCAUUUGUUUUAGUUUCGCUAGCAGGAUUUACUAAUUUAAUUUGCUUUAGUUCCAUGGAAGGAUAUAUAAUGUGAUGGAUUUUAGUUCUUCUCAAACGAUAUACUCAUCACAUAGAUUGAGUUUUUUGCUUGCUGUUGACUUAUGUGGCAAUUGGUGGUUGUUAUGCUCCAGGCUUGUGUUUAAUUACAACAAGGAGGAUGUUUUGGGGCGGCAUGAUGGGCCUGUCCGAUGUGUUGAAUACUCAUAUGCAACUGGUCAAGUUAUUACGGGUAGCUGGGACAAAACCUUGAAGUGCUGGGAUCCAAGAAGUUCCAGUGGCCAGGAUCGCUCUGUUGGAACAUAUACUCAACCUGAGCGUGUUUAUUCUAUGUCUGUUGUUGGAAAUCGCUUAGUGGUUGCUACUGCUGGAAGGCAUGUAAAUGUGUAUGAUCUUCGAAACAUGUCUCAACCUGAACAACGGAGGGAAUCUUCUUUGAAAUACCAAACAAGAUGUGUCCGAUGUUAUCCUAAUGGGACAGGUUAUGCUCUUAGUAGCGUUGAAGGACGAGUAGCCAUGGAGUUUUUUGACCUUUCAGAGACGGGCCAAUCUAAAAAGUAUGCAUUCAAGUGCCAUAGGAAGUCUGAAGCAGGAAGAGAUAUUGUAUACCCUGUGAAUGCCAUUGCAUUUCACCCUAUCUAUGGUACCUUUGCUACUGGAGGUUGUGACGGUUAUGUUAACGUGUGGGAUGGAAACAACAAGAAAAGGCUUUAUCAGUAUACGAAGUACCCGACAAGUAUUGCAGCAGUGUCCUUUAGCAGAGACGGUAGACUGCUGGCUGUUGCUUCUAGUUACACAUAUGAAGAAGGAGAUAAAGCCCACGAGCCAGAUGCCAUCUUUGUCCGCAGCGUAAACGAAGUAGAAGUCAAGCCAAAGCCGAAAAUGCUUCCCAACCCUGCUUCAUGAGUUGGGCAAGACUGAAGUUGCUUGUACUGUGUUCUAAUAUUAGCUGAGAUCGAGGACCUUAUUUGAAAUCAUUUACUCAUUGAUGACUAGUUUUUAUGGGAUGAUUAUGUCAGAUAGUAUUUGCUUUGUAGCAUACUCGGAAUACUACGACAGAUGAUUUAAGUAAAAACGAAAGUAGGCUGCUGCUGUUGCAGCCAGAUUCGAUCCA